AUGUCCUUCGCCGGCUACUUCUUCAUCCGCUCACCAACCCCCAUCCCCAAACCCCUCUUCACCAUCCCCCACAUCUUCUCCCGCCCCCCUCCUCCCCCUUCAUUCCCCUUCAUCCGCUCCUCCUUCGCCGCGAUAUCCAACUUCUUCAGGGACGCCCUCGCAAUCAUCCAGUUCUUCUGGCCUCUCUUCCUCGUCGUCUUCUGCAUCAGCUUGUUCGCCUGCUUCGUCCAGCAGCACAUCUUUGCCGUUCUCUCUUGGGCAGUUCAGAAUCUUGCAUAUCUUUCGCGACGCGUUCUGCCUCCUCUCUGGAAGAUUCUUGUCACGGCCGUUGAUCCCGUCAUCAAGAAGCUACCGUCGAACUGGAAUCCUUUCGGCAGCAAGAAACAGUCAGGUGGCAAAUCACGAUCUGGUGGGAAAAAGCUCAAGCGCAGUACGGCAUCAUAUCAACAAUGGACCUACUAG